UCCUUGAGAAUGCAAGACGUCGGAACUCUCUGCUGGAGUUGGACCUUCUCAGCUCGCUCGCUGCGCCUUUUUUUAUUUUUUAAUUUUUAUCUUUUGUGCAGAGGAAGGCUUCUGCAGGACCCUGACCAAUUCCUUGUUUUGAGGGGAACCUGCUUCCUUUUUAUUGUUUUUUCAUGGAUACAAUGAAGUACUUAAAGUCUUCUUACAUUUCCCCGGCCGGAACAUCCCCCAAGAUGGCCGAGGAGAGCAGCAGUACCAGGGAGUGCGUGUCCUUCAGCGUGCUCAACUGGGAUCAGGUCAGCCGGCUGCACGAGGUCCUGACUGAGGUCGUACCCAUCCACGGACGAGGCAACUUUCCAACCUUGGAGAUAACCCUGAAGGACAUCGUCCAGACCGUCCGCAGCCGGCUGGAGGAGGCGGGCAUCAAAGUGCAGGAUGUCCGGCUGAAUGGCUCUGCAGCUGGCCACGUUUUGGUCAAAGACAACGGCUUGGGUUGCAAAGACCUGGACCUGAUCUUCCACGUGGCUCUUCCCACAGAGGCAGAAUUUCAGCUGGUCAGAGAUGUGGUUCUGUGUUCCCUUCUGAACUUCCUGCCAGAGGGCGUGAACAAGCUCAAGAUCAGCCCGGUCACUCUGAAGGAGGCAUAUGUGCAGAAGCUGGUGAAGGUUUGCACGGACACAGACCGCUGGAGCCUGAUUUCCCUCUCCAACAAGAAUGGGAGGAACGUGGAGCUGAAGUUUGUCGACUCCAUCCGGCGUCAGUUUGAGUUUAGUGUGGACUCUUUCCAAAUCAUCCUGGAUUCUUUGCUUUUUUUCUAUGACUGCUCCAGUAACCCCAUCUCUGAGCACUUCCACCCCACAGUGAUCGGGGAGAGUGUGUAUGGGGACUUUGAGGAAGCCUUUGACCAUCUGCAGAACAGACUGAUUGCCACCAAGAACCCCGAAGAAAUCCGAGGUGGGGGACUUCUGAAGUAUAGCAACCUUCUCGUGCGGGACUUCAGGCCCACAGACCAGGAGGAAAUCAAAACUCUUGAGCGUUACAUGUGCUCCAGGUUUUUCAUUGACUUCCCAGACAUCCUGGAACAGCAAAGGAAGUUGGAGACCUACCUUCAAAACCACUUCGCUGAAGAAGAGAGAAGCAAGUAUGACUACCUCAUGAUCCUCCGCAGGGUAGUGAACGAGAGCACCGUGUGCCUCAUGGGGCAUGAACGCAGGCAGACCCUGAACCUCAUCUCCCUCCUGGCCUUGCGCGUGCUGGCAGAACAGAACAUCAUCCCCAACGCCACCAACGUCACCUGUUACUACCAGCCAGCUCCUUACGUCAGUGAUGGCAACUUCAACAACUACUACAUUGCCCAUCCUCCAGUUACCUACAGCCAACCUUACCCUACCUGGCUGCCCUGUAACUAACCUUGAGACCUGAGGGUUCCUGCAGUGGGAACCCAGUAGGGCAAGGGCUCUCAGGUAGGGGAGCCUCCUCCUAGAUGUAGGUGUUUGGCUUUUCAAGGGGGACUCAGCUCUGAUUCUGCUUUUUUUUUUUUUUUUUUUUUUUUUUCCUUUGUGUACCCAUUGGAAUGGGUCUGCAGUAUAUCAUGAGCCAACCCUAAAAAGACCCAUAUAACAGUGCCACUUUGGAAAAUGCUAUAGGAAGUGUGACCUAUCCACAUCUUUCCAAGAUAGACACUAACAUGUCACAUCCCAAACAUCAGCACAUGGGGUUUUGAGCUCUGUGCAAUAACUGGGAUUGGGAGUGCUUGGGCAGCAUAUGAGAAGUGUUAAGCUACUUUUCUUCUCACCUGAGCCUGGAGGAGGCUAUGUUGGCCCUCACUCGGGAUUCUCAGCAAUUACAUGAACCAAUGUUGUGCUGAUAGUCUCUCUUCUUGUGUCAGUUUUAGUCAGGCAGAAAAUGAUAAACCUGAGGGUGCUCUUGUGACUUAAUUUUUGUUCACAGGACUAAAUUGCCUAUGUCUAGUUCCUGUCAGCAGAGCUGAGAAUUUCUUUCAUCAAUAAACCAAAGCCAAUAGCUGGAGACUUGAGAUCUGGUUGGAAGUGGUUUAUGGUUUAGAUGCUGUGCUAUCUUGAGGAAUUAUGAAAUAUUGCUGAGAAAAAAAAAAGAUGACCUUUUCUUGAAAUGUAACUUGAAAACAAAAUAAAAUGUGGAACAUAAUGUUAAAGUAGAAUUGUG